UAAAUUUCAAAAUAAUAACUUUUCCAGGGUAGUGUAGUGUUAGAGAAGCAUGAUGUCUAGGUCACUGAGAGCAGAGACGCGGUCCCGGGGGAAGGAGGACACCAAGAGGUCGAUGCAGGCACUAGAUAAAGUGCGACGUUGGGAGAAAAGAUGGAUUACAAUUCAUGACACAACUAUGAAGAUCUACAAGUGGGUUCCUGUUGUUCAAGAUGAAAGGAAGAAGAAGGGUGGUGGGAGCGCUAAUAAGGAAAAUCGACUCUCCAGCCGAGACAGUAGUAUGUCUGCUUUCCAGAUGGGUGGAGACGACUCCAAUACUGCCAUGUCUAUGAUGAGCGACUCACAAGAUGCUACAGACUUUUCCUCCACACAGUUCAACAUCUCAGAGGACUCUAACUCUGAACCUCCUUUUAAGAAGAAGCUCGUAGAAUGAUAGAUUAAGCCAAAUAAGUGUAUAGUAGACUACUUUUAAUUUCAUUGAAUGAACAUUUUUUACUCAUUAGAAAUGUGUAUUUGUACUGAGAGCUCUUGGAUGUUGGUACAUUCUUAAGAAUUCAAAUAUUAUUCUGUUUGAGUUACUGCUUAUUAAAGUAAGAUACUAUUUAAAAACUAACGUCAGGAGGAUGUGUACUGACUGAUCAAAUAUUUACAACUUAAGGCUUAAGGCCAUGAAAAUAGUGCAACAUUCAUCAUUUAUAUUAGCAUUCACUUGCAAAUCCCCCCAAAAAGAAAAAAAAUCUUAAUGAUAAAUGUACAAAAUGUUCUUGGUAUUAAUGAAGUUGAGGACAGAUGUGGCACUAUUAUUCAGUAACCCUUGAAUAUACUCUUUGAAAUGC